AAUCACAAUCGUAGUUGAAGAAUAAUGCUGCUUCAAUCUGGUCAAAACGUUGUGAGUGAAUAUGAAACGGUACGUAAAACUGAAACUGCUCCGACGAACCAUGACAAUGGUCGAUAUUUGGACCUAAUCCAAGAUACGCUGAAAGAAGGUUGGUCCGUUCAUGCGAACAAGGAUGGACGGUUAUAUUAUUGCAACCACAUAACACGCUCUGCAGCAUGGUUACCUCCCGCAGAAAAUUGGGGACACAACACAGAAUUUCCCUAUGGCUGGGAAAAAGCAAUCGAUUCAAAAAACCGAUCGUACUACAUAAAUCAUCAGAAUAAGUGUACGACGUACGAACCGCCGGAUACAUAUCGAUAUGAUGAAAAGCCACCUGAACCGCGUUUGGUUGUGCUCAAUCGUAGUCCUACAAUGGGAUUCGGAUUUGUAGCAGGCAGUGAACGGCCUGUAAUUGUUCGAUUUGUAACUGAGGGUGGGCCCAGCGUUAAUAAGCUGGAACCCGGCGACCGAAUCCUAAGUGUAAAUAAUGAAGAUGUUAAGGAAGCACCCCGAGAUCAUGUGAUACAAUUAGUCAGAUCGUGUGAAAGUCAAGUUAGUUUAUUGGUAUGUCAGCCCUCUAUGAGUGGCUGCGCGGGCCGAAAGUCAACGUUACUGUCGGCUGGUAAAAAGGCAAAAUUACGUACAAGGCCUAAUCGAGUUCGAUUUGCUGAAAGCGUUUGCGUUAAUGGAUCUCCGCUGUUUCCGCCUUCAGCAUUUUCGCUUGGCGAUUUAUGUGUUCCACCUAUGGCAAAUGUACUGAAAGUUUUCCUCGAAAAUGGACAAACCAAAUCAUUUAAAUACGAUAACACCACAACCGUACAGGACGUCGUUACAUCGCUACGUGAUAAGCUGUGUCUAAGCGCCGAAGAGCACUUCAGUCUAGUUUUGGAGCACGUAAAAAGUCUGAAACGGAAUAAGCUUACACUUUUGGAUCCACAAGAAACACUUGCCAGGAUAGCUGCUCGUCCAGGUGCACACAAGCUACGUUGUCUGUUUCGCGUGACAUUUGUACCGGUUUCAUCAGCUCAACUGGCACAAAAGGAUUUGAAUGCACUGGAUUAUUUAUUUAUGCAAUCGUGUAACGAUGUAACACAGGAGCGCUUUUCACCCGAGCUACAAGCAGACGUUGCAUUGCGAUUGGCUGCUUUACAUAUUCAUCAGCAUUCAUUGGCUAACAAUAUAUCGCCGGCAAAAUUGACGGUCAAAACCGUAGAACGUGAGUUCGGCUUAGAACGUUUCGUACCCGCAUCAUUAAUCGAUGGAAUGAAACGGAAAGAACUGAGACGACUAAUGGCGCAUUUCCUAAAGCUGAAUUCCCAAAUGACCGGAUCAUCAAAAAUGCUAACCCAAUUACAGGCAAAAAUCCACUACUUAGAUAUAAUAUCGGGACUACCCAGCUAUGGAGCGAAAUGUUUCAGUACGAACCAAAGGGAUGGCGUUGAGAGGGUAUUAUUAAUUAGUCCCCGUUUUGGACUUAGUCAAAUUGCGGGCGUUCGAAAUUCAGUGCCGCAGCCCAUAUGCAAUAUUGAACAUUUAACCCGUGUGGUUGUAACACGCGAAGAUGAUGUCACACAUUCUGUAAGUGUACACAUUCAGCCAGAUAAAUUCGUUACAUUCUCUAUGGAAGACCGGGAUGCUUGUGAAUUUCACCUGGUUCUUGCUGGAUACCACAAACUACUAACUGGUAAAGAGCUGCUCGUCGAAAAGGAACGUGACGACGACGACGAUGAAUAUCCUGAAGAUAAUGCACCGCCGUAUCUGUCGCAACAUUCUGUAUUUCCGGCUAAUUGGAGUUACCUACCCUCGACCCAUGGACGGAUGCAUAGUAUGGCCUUCUUUCAAUCUCCACCAUAUCAGUCAGUUAAUCAAACGUCCAUCAUCGGAGACGACCAUCAAAAUCACUGUGAUAGAAACAUGAACACGACGUUGUCCAACAACAACCACAAGACGCAUAACGGUAGCGACGAUUUUGGUUUAGAUUUGCACAGCGUCAUGACUAUGGAAAUAUUGGAACGGGCUAAAGGCAAACCGAUAAAUGGUUUGGUUGAAACGCGUAACGAAGAAGUAUUACGACGUGUGGCUGAAAUGCAGCGCAUGGUGGAGAGUUCAGAAAAAUACUUAAAUGAACACGGGGAGCUGGUGCAUGAGUACGAAGUCAAAGCAAACGGAAAGGUACCGUGGAAUGGAUCGUCGAUCGAUAUGGACAGUGAUUGUGAGAGUAUGUCCAGCAGUAAAGUAUCGUCAAAUGAGGAUGCGCCGGGUGUGUUAAGGCACAGCGACUCAUUAAUUUUGCUGGCAGAAUCAAUAAAUCUGGAUCUGAAUGGAAUGACCAAGGGACUGAGUCUACUCGGUUCCAGUGUUCCCAUUGAGUCUUCCAAAUCACACGAGGGUACACCGAAAGCUCAGCGCAGAGUACAGGGCUUGAGUCAACUAUUAAACGAUUUGCAUGCCAUCAGCAAUGACCUGUCACAGAGUGAAAGUGACUCUGAAUCGGUAUCUACACCGAACAGUUCACCGAUCCAUCGGAACCAACACGAUCGCAACAAUCACAAGAGCUUUCGUUCCAGUUUCGGUUUGCAUAGUCCGGACAGUUCAGUACUGGGACCAGAUUCAAAGGACACAAACUUGAAGGAGUAUUUGCGUCAAUUGAAAGAGGCUAGCAACAAUGAAAACACGCAAGACAUUGACUUGGCGGCAAAGAAACUGACCGAACUGUAUGGAUUCGAAAUUGGUGACGAUACGUUCAUCGAAAACGAUCCGGACGUUAUUGAUUUGACAGCCAUUCCUCCACCACAAACUCCCGACGAAUUGGACGCAUUAUCUGUUAUCAGUUCAGCACCGCGGGGUUUCGACGAUCCAAGCACUGCACGAUUGCAUCCUGACGAUAAUUUCGAGAAAUUUCUCGCCCAAGUUGUCAUUGCACCACCAACACAAAAAGUAACGCCGGCAAAGGAACUAACUCCGGAAGAGAUCAUGUCGUACAUAAUUCCUCCGCCGCCUGGACUCAGUGAUGAGGAGCUCAGAAACAGUGAGACUGAACCAAUUGUGCCAAUAGUUAAGGAUGAUUAUCCCAAAGAGAGCCUCUAUAGCAAUUCACUGUCAACAGUCCAUACCAACAAGCCGGUCGUUCUAGAAUAUGCAACUGUUGAACGAAAGGGACCAUUCUCUUGCUGUACCAAAUCCAAAAAAGUGGAAAUUGAAUCUCCAUCGUAUACCGAAACCGAUGAAAGUGUUAUACCGCCUCCACCCAGACGAUGUGAGCACUCCAAUCAACAUCCUCCACCUGAACGACCACCUAAAAGUGUGGAGCUUCAAAGCAAACUGAAUGCAUCGCCACAAAUCCGACCGACAGCUAAUACGACUCGUCUGAAUGGUGGCGGCGGAUCUGGUAAUUAUUACGGCUUAGAACCACCACCGAGACUUCCGCCAAGAAACGAUAACAAUAAUCACAUAACUCCUCUAGUUACACUUCCACCACGCAAACCAAACGUUCCUCCCGUACCGCUCAAACCGAUUUUCCGCAAUCCCGUUCCUUUACCGAAGAAUUUGCACCCUGAAUCACCCGUACGACUCGCUUCGAUUGGGUCACCCAAUAUGAACCGGCACGUCACCAACUACAGUAUUGUUGACCGUGCAUUCACAAGUAGUAGUAACGGCAUUUCCCCGAUUGCGGCUGUUCGUAACAACGGGCACUAUCGAUCGUUUAGUGAUAGUCCACCAGCUUGUAUGCCGAAUGCAUCCGUUGAAUGUAAACCUCAACUGUCGUUGCUGUGCUCACCCCAAAUGUCACGAAAAAUACCGCCACCAAUCAAUUCGAAUCCGACUUAUCCAAUGCCAAAGACAAAUGGCAGUAGUAGUAGUAGUCCCGUUCCAGAGCCACGCAACGGUCAUGUUAUCAAUGUUAUAAACGUUGAGUCGCUUUUAGCUAAAACCGAUGUCGCUAUGGCCGGUCUACUCUUCAAAUUGGAUCAAAUUGCCGCUCAAUGCUCAGCAGCUCAAGCAGCCGGUGGUGGCGUUCUAAUCGACGAAGAGAAAUUUCAGAAAGCUCGCGAUGAGCUGACCGAACGUGCUCUACAUUUGGUCACCGCAUCCAAAUUCCUUGUCAUUGCCAUGUCGAAUGCAACUGGCACCCAAUUGCCCGAACAUUUAACGUCAUGUUUGACUGCACUGCGUCGAAUCACCGAACUGGCGCAAGAUAUGACCAAGCACACAUCGGCACCGCUACAAACGCGUAAUAUCGUGCUGAAAGUGCAUGAUGUGGCGUCAAGUUUUCGUGAAUUAGCUGGCGUUGAGACGGGACCAUUCGGUGCAGGUCCACUAGCAUUACAAGCGGAAUGUUUGGCAAAUGUUUUGGCGACAUUGCUACGGAGCUUGAGAGUUUUUUCGCCAUAAUGUUAGUUAAUCUGUGAACGAGGAUGGUAAUGUCUUUCGUUUCUGUUCUCUAUUUUUGUUCCAGAUUUUUUUUGUUGUUGAAUAUUUAUAUACUUGACUACUUGGCCCACAUUACGUAAUUUAACUAAUUAAAUUAAAGUAAAAAAAAUAAGAAUAAUUGAUGGUGCAGUGGCUAAGACGGA